UUAAAGAAAAUAAAUAACUUCAAAUUGUGUUAUUUGCAUUAAAAUAAAAAUGCUAAAUGUACAAAUAAGUGUAGCUUCUGGAGUAAAACAGAUUUUUACUUCUGACAUUCCACUCAAAAUUUAUGAAUUACAUGAGCAAAUUAAAGGACUAACAGAAAACUUUUACAUUAUACACAAUGGAAGACUUGUUGAUGAAAAUGCCACUUGUUACGAUGGUUAUAUUUCUAUUGUACCACGAUUGUUCGGCGGAAAAGGGGGAUUCGGUUCCAUGUUACGAGCAAUUGGUGCACAGAUCGAAAAGACUACAAAUCGCGAAGCUUGUAGAGAUUUAAGUGGACGUAGACUUCGUGACAUUAAUGAAGAAAAACGGUUAAAAGCUUGGAUCGAAAAACAAGGAAAGCGAGAAGAAGAGGCAGCAGAACGUAAAAAAAGAAAAUUAGAAAGACUUUGUACCGAACCUAGACACGAAUUUAGAGAUAAAACAUACGAACGCGAAAGAUCAGCCCUUACAGAAAAAGUUGAAGAUGCAGUUGAAGAAGGAUUCAAGGUUGCUACUUCUGGAAUAAAAAGGAAACACGAUGAAGAAAAUAAAUCCAAUAAGAAAAAAAUAUUAUUAGAUCUUGAUAUUGAUUCAGAUGAAUUAGAUAGUUCUGAUGAAAGUGAUAAGGAUGAAGAGGAGCCUGUAGAAGUACUUAAGGAUUCAGAGUCACUUUCAAAUGACAGUUUGUGUACUGUCAAGUGAUAAAAAUGGACAA